AGGAUGUAUUUUGGAAACUAAUGAUUCAUCAUUUUUAUAAUACUUUAUAGCCAUUCAAGCAAGGUUAUAUAGAGUUAAAUUCUUAUAAUACUCCUUCAAAGUAGUUAGGAUCUUUUAUUUUAACGAUAAUGCUAGGACCGAAUAGAAUCGAUUUUAUUUCAAAUGGGAUACGGUUUGUCUUCUUUGAUUAUUCACCUUAACAUAAAAUUCCAGUAUAAUUGCAUUCACUAUAAAAGUUAACACAAGGGAUAGAAAGUCUUAUAAUAAAGUCUCUGAAUCCCCAUGAUUCUAAAAAAUAUUCAAUUUAUACCAUCUUAAAGAUCAGAGUCUAGAUUGUCUUGCAAUCGUAUUGUUAUGUUAACUCACUUUCGAUUAUUGAUAUUUUAUACUAAACAAGGUUAAAUAGAUCGUUCCACUAGUUAUUUCUGCACAUGAUGAAAAUGAUAUUUUAUCUAAUUAGAUAUCAUUUGCAUAAAUAUAAAGACCUUCUCCAACAUCCCAAGAAUCAAAAAUCCAUAUACCAAUAGAAAAUUCCAAUUAUUUAUUUGGAUGAAUAUUCAUUGUCUUUAUAACUUUAGUUUUUUAACCAUACGGUCCCAUAAAUAAAUUUUUAGGAUUCAAACCACACCUAGCUAAUGUUGAACUAGAUCCAAAAUUAGAAAAAUCUUAAUAUCUGCAAUCCCCUUAAUUGUCUGUUACACAAGUUUGGUACACAAUAGACCUGAGAAAUAAAAUUUUGAAAAAUGAAAUUAGAUGCCCC